AUGGCGUCUCUUUCUAUUCUUCCAGCUCCAGAUAUUUCAAGGAUGACUACAAAUUUGGACUCGCGAAAGAAAAGAAGGAUCUCUUUAGAUGCAAAUCCUCUCUCAUGUGAAAAUUACAAAGAUGUCAGAGACUCAUUGCCAAGGUUGAAUUCACCCGACUACUUCUUGAAGCCAUGCAUGAGCGAGCUUGUUGAGCGGGAACUUGAAAACCCUGAUUAUUGCAGCAGGGUUCCUGAUCUCACAAUUGGGAGGAUUGGUUAUGGUUGUAUCAAGUUUCUUGGAAGUACAGAUGUUAGAAAGCUAGACCUGGAUCAGAUUGUUAAGUUUCAAAGGCACGAGGUAAUUGUUUAUGAUGAUGAGAGCUCCAAGCCAGUUGUUGGCGAGGGUCUUAACAAGGCUGCUGAGGUGACUCUGAUCGUAAACAUACCAAAUCUGAAUUUGGGGAAAGUGCGAGCCGACCAUAUUUCUUAUAAAUUAAAACAGAUUGCUGAAAGACAAGGAGCAACCUUCAUCUCAUUUGAUCCUGAUAAUGGUUUAUGGAAGUUUUUGGUUCCUCAUUUCAGCAGAUUUGGGUUGAGUGAUGAUGAGGCAGAAGAUAUUGCUAUGGCUGAUGCCCCGAGUUUGGAUCAUCCUGUAGGUCUGAAUGGUGACAUGGUAGCUGACAUUGAUAAUGAAUAUCAGAUGGAAACUUCCGAGACAGAGCUCUCCCAUUCUCUUCCAGCCCAUCUAGGACUUGAUCCUGAAAAGAUGAAUGAAAUGAGAAUGCUGAUGUUCCCUAAUAAAGAUGUAGACCAAAGUGAGGAUUUCAGAGAUCAAACCUCCCUUCAAAUGUCAUCCUUGAGUACACGGAAUGUGAGAGCGUCACAGAAAAUUUCUCAAAGAAAUAAUCAUCAAGAUACUUCUCCGGUCGUGCGGAAAACUCCGCUUGCUUUGCUGGAGUAUAACCCUGGUAAUGAUAAAAGCUCCCCAGGCAGUAUCCUGAUGGUCCAACAAAAUAAGAAUUUGGCAGUGAGAAAGUCGAAAAUGGGAGGUUUCGAGCUGGACAUCAGCCGUGUCACGCCAUUAACUACCAACUAUUCCCGCAAUGUUGUUGAUGCAGCAUUAUUCAUGGGAAGGUCGUUCCGAGCAGGUUGGGGUCCAAAUGGCGUCCUUCUUCACACUGGCGAGCCAAUAUGCAGUUCUAGUUCCCAGAGGGUAUUGUCUUCCGUGAUUAAUGUAGAGAAGAUAGCAAUUGACAAAGUGGUUCGGGAUAAAAAGGGAAAAGUUCAGAAAGAGCUUAUUGACUCUGCAUUUGAAGAUCCCUUAAGUCUCCACAAGGACCUGUAUCAUGAAGAAGAAGAAGUUAGGUUUGGCUCUUUCAGUCUUAAACUCAAGAAAGUUGCCACUGAUCGUGUGGUUCUUUCAGAUAUCUGCCGAAGCUAUAUCGGUAUAAUCGAGAAACAGAUGGAGGUUGCUGGGUUGUCCACCUCUGCCAAGCUGUUUUCGAUGCACCAAGUCAUGGUGUGGGAACUCAUAAAAGUUCUCUUUUCUGAGAAACAGAGUGCUCAACCUUCAAAUUAUGCAGCUUCUGAUAAUGAGGAAGACAUGAUGGAGGAUGUGAAAGAAGAGUCUGCAGAAGUUGACCUAGAAGCUCGUCCACUUAUCCGAAGAGCAGAAUUCAGUUGUUGGCUCCAAGAGAGUGUCAGUCACCGUGUACAAGAAGAUGUGAGUGAUCUAAAUGGUUCCGGCUACCUUGACCACUUAUUCUUUCUUCUAACUGGACGAGAGCUUGAAUCAGCUGUGGAACUUGCCAUAUCUAAGGGAGAUGUUAGACUUGCUUGUUUGUUGAGCCAGGCUGGUGGAUCAACUGUGAACCGCAAUGAUAUCAUGCAGCAGCUUCACCUUUGGGGAAGGAACGGGCUGGAUUUUAAUUACAUUGAGAAGGAGAGAAUUAAGCUUUACGAAUUGCUUGCUGGAAAUAUCCACGAUGCGCUACAAGAUUUUAAAAUUGACUGGAAGAGAUUCCUAGGGUUGUUAAUGUGGCAUCAUCUGCCUCCCGACAGCUCAUUGCCUGUCAUUUUCAGAAGUUAUCAACUCCUACUAGACCAGGCAAAAGCUCCAUGGCCCGUCCCAAUUUAUAUUGACGAAGGACCUGCAGAUGGAUUUGUAAGCAACACGAAGCAUUCUGACCUCUUGUAUUAUCUUAUGCUUCUGCACAGCAGAGAAGAGGAAGAAAUUGGUUUUCUGAAGACUAUGUUCAGUGCCUUCUCUUCAACUGACGAUCCACUUGACUAUCAUAUGAUCUGGCACCAUCGAGGAAUCCUAGAAGCAGUUGGAGCUUUCACUUCAGAUGACCUUCACGCUCUCGAUAUGGGAUUCGUUGCACAGCUUCUCUCUCAGGGCCUUUGUCAUUGGGCUAUUUACGUUGUUCUUCACAUACCCUACCGCGAAGAUCAUCCAUAUCUACACGUCAUUGUCAUUCGGGAAAUCCUGUUUCAGUUCUGUGAAACUUGGAGUUCUAAGGAAUCACAGCGGCAAUUUAUCAAGGACUUGGGUAUCCCUUCUGAGUGGAUGCACGAAGCUCUGGCAGUUUAUUACAAUUACCAUGGAGAUCUUGUAAAGGCUCUGGACCACUACAUUAAAUGUGAAAACUGGCAAAGAGCUCAUUCGAUUUUUAUGACGUCAGUUGCUCAUUCAUUGUUUAUGUCAGCUAACCAUACAGAAAUAUGGAGAAUUGCUACUUCAAUGGAUGAUCGCAAGUCUGAGAUUGAAAACUGGGACUUGGGUGCUGGGAUUUACAUAUCAUUCUAUCUACUAAAAAGUUCACUAGAAGAAGAUGCUGAUACGACGGUAGAACUGGAUCCUAUUGAGAGCAGAAACGAGUCAUGCAGAAGUUUUGUCGGUCGUUUAAACGAGUCAUUGGCUGUUUGGGGCGAUAGAUUACCAGUUGAAGCUAGAGUCGCAUACUCAAAGAUGGCAGAGGAAAUAUGCGAUUUGCUAGUAUCAGAUCUGAGUGCGUAUCCUGGUCGAGAGUCGCAACUAAGCUGUUUUGGGACAGCCUUCAAAGCUCCUUUACCAGAAGAUAUAAGAUCAGCACAUCUGCAAGAUGCUGUCUCUCUCUUCUCUCUAUAUCUCUCAGAGACUGGCCAAACCUCAGCUUAG